AUGUACCCACUCACGCUCAUAAGAAUGUCAAGGGGCAAAGUAAUCACAAUGAUGUUGAAGGACAGUCAAGCGGUCUCAGGCUUCCUUGUGAAGUGUGAUGUUGCCAUGAACAUGCAUCUUCAAAAUGCAACUAUUCAAAGGAAAAGCGGAGAGAAGGUAUUUGUAAAGCAGUGCUUCUUAAAGGGACAGAACGUUAAAUCAGUAAAGAUAGAUCCAAAAAUACUAGGGAAACAGCAUUUAUUUGAGUAA